UGCUUAUUUCACUGCACACUGCCUUUUCGGGGGAUAUGUCAGUGUCUGUUGAGGUGAGAUUCCUUUGGAUCAAAGCUUGUUCCCUUUGUUUUAUGGAACAUUUUAUAUUGUAUUUUGGAUUUAUUUAAAAACAAAAUGCAGGGCGCCCCGCGACCUAUGAAGGUAUUUGUGACCAGAAGAAUUCCACAGGAAGGCAUACGAGUUCUGUCAAAUGCUGGCGCGUUUGAGGUGUCAGUGUGGGAGUCUGACGAACCAGUGCCGCGCGCAGAGCUCCUGAAGGGCGUCGCUGGAGUCGAUGGCAUGUUGUGUUUGCUUACGGACCGUAUUGACACCGAGGUGCUGAAUGCUGCAGGCACCGAACUGAAGGUGAUCAGCACAAUGUCUGUAGGAUUUGACCACCUAGCCAUAGAAGAAAUCAAGAAGCGUGGAAUACGAGUGGGGUACACUCCAGACGUGCUGACCGAUGCCACAGCUGAGCUCACCGUAGCGCUGCUGCUAGCCACUGCUCGACGACUGCUCGAGGGUGUGCAAGAGGUCAAGAGUGGUGGGUGGAGCAGUUGGAAACCACUAUGGAUGUGUGGCUAUGGUCUGAAUGGUAGCACCGUUGGCAUUAUUGGACUUGGACGCAUAGGCAUGGCCAUUGCCCAUAGAUUGAAGCCAUUUGGAGUUAAUAAAUUUCUCUACACUGGACGAGCUCCCAAGCCCCAGGCUGUGGAGGUGGAUGGCGAGUAUGGUGAGGAAGUGUGGAGGAGUGAAGUAGCGGACAUGGGGGAGUUACUCUGUGACAGGAUGAUCCUGGACAAGCUGCUAUCAGAGAGCGACUUUGUUGUGGUGGCCUGCUCCCUCACCCCCGAGACUCAGGGCUUGUGUGACAAGGCUUUCUUCGCCAAAAUGAAGAGGACCGCCGUCUUUGUCAACACCAGCAGGGGGGCGUUGGUAAACCAGGAGGACCUGUACGAAGCUCUGUCCAGCGGUCAGAUUGCAGCUGCUGGACUGGACGUCACCACACCCGAACCUCUGCCCACUGACCACCCACUGCUGACUCUCAAAAAUUGCGUUGUCCUGCCCCACAUUGGGAGCGCCACCUACUCCACACGCGGCACCAUGGCAGAGCUGGCGGCCACCAACCUGCUAGCAGGGCUGACGGGCAAAGCCAUGCCGAGUGAGCUCGCCCUCUAGUGUCCACCUCCAGCAACAGUACGGGAAAACACACCAGGGGUUACCCGAUUGUACCUGCUCCACUCUAGUAUUUUUUUCAAAAUCGUAAGUUUGAUAUAAAAAAUAUCAUACGGGAAGAUGCUUGGUUGUGUCAAGUAUACAGUGAGCUCCAUAAUGUUUGGGACAAAAAACAUAUUUUUUCUUGAUUUGGCUCUGUACUCCACAAUUUUAUAUUUGCAACCAAAAAUAAAGUGUAUUUUAAUACAUUUCGGUUUCA